AUGAAGCACAUGACCCCACGCAGCCUGAUGCCCAGCCGGCGAGCUGGUUCGUUGCUCCACACGACCUCACCCUCGUUUUCUCCCGCAACGCUGCUCUCCCUCCACCGGAGCAGCAGCUUCAGCCGAAGAUGGAGCACCUUCAACAACGGGCUGGUCGAGGGCUUCCCCGGUGCUGUGGGCAACACCCCCCUCAUCAAGUUGCGAGGAUUGAGCGAGGAGACCGGGUGCGAGAUCUUGGGCAAGGCCGAAUUCAUGAAGUACGCAACUCUUUUCCUCUCUUCAUCAAUUGA